AUGGCCCCUUCUACUCCUGGUCACCGAACGGUGUUCAGUAACGCCAGCCCUAAUCUGCUCUCCCAAAACCGCAACUCGAUCUACGAGGGUAAGAAGAUCAUCUCGCCCAACUUUAAUGUCGUCUUGUCGGACUGGUCCAUGUCCAACCAUGCUCGCGCAGACAUGAGCCUGAAGUUCCCGAGCCAGGACAAUUCUGGGUCGCCGAAGAAGCUCCGAAGAACCAACACAGCAGAGCUGCUCGACAGAUUCAUCCCUUCGCGCCAGACAACGUCUGGCAAGCUUUCUUUGGAAGAGGCGCUUCCUUCGCAAUGCCAGCUGCCGUAUGAGCACAUCGAGUCGCAGACAACCCAGAUCUACCAGGACACGGUGGCAGAGGCGUGCGGACUGGCGGUCGGCGAGCGGAUCCUGCAAUUCCAGCCGCUGCCGCCAGCAAGCAAGAAGGCAUCCAAGCUGAAAAGCGGGCAGUUCAAAACAAAGGCCUCGAUCUCGACCGCGGCGGCACAGGCACGGAUCAAGAAGGUGCCGAGCUGCCCGGAAAAAGUGCUCGACGCGCCCGGCUUUGUCGACGACUUCUACCUCAACCUGCUGUCGUGGUCACGUGACAACAUCCUGGCGAUCGCGCUGGAGAACUGCGUCUACUACUGGAACGCCACGACGGGCGACGUCGAUCUGGCGGCAGAGUGCGACAGCAUUGUCACGUCGGUGCGGUGGUCCGAAACGGGCGGGUAUCUGUCGAUCGGCCUGGACUCGGGCUCUGUCGAGAUCUGGGACCCGGAGGCCGGGUCGCGGCUGCGUGUCAUGGCGGGCCAUCAGUCGCGCGUGGCUGCGCACGCGUGGAACGAGCACAUGCUCACGUCCGGGUCCCGCACGGGCCAGAUUUUCCACCACGACGUGCGUUUGUCGCAGCACAUCGUUUCACAGCUUAAUAACCACACCGCCGAGGUGUGCGGGAUCGAGUGGCGCAGAGACGGGAUGCAGUUUGUUUCUGGUGGCAACGACAACGUGGUGAACAUCUGGGACGCGCGCUCUAGCGUCCCGCAGUUCACCAAAACCAGCCACACGGCUGCCGUCAAGGCGUUGGCGUGGAGCCCGACUCAGACGAGCCUGCUGGCCACCGGCGGCGGGUCCACGUGUCGGCGGAUCCAUUUCUGGAACACCACGACGGGGGCUCGCGUCAACACGAUCGAGACGAAUUCGCAGGUUUCGUCGCUGCGGUGGGGGUACUCGAACGGCAUCGGCACAGAGAUCGCUGCCACACACGGGUUCCCCAACAACGACAUUAGUAUCUACAGCUACCCCUCGCUCCUAAGAACGGGGGUUGUGGCUGGUGCGCACGAUUCCAGAGUUUUGCAUAGCAGCCUUUCGCCGGACGGCACUACGCUGGCGACUGUGGCUGCGGACGAGAACCUCAAGUUCUGGAAGCUUUUCGACUUGCAGACUGAGGUCGCCAACACGGGCAAGGACAUUGCAGUGACCACCAUCAGGUAA